AUGGAUAUUGCCCUAACUUUUAAGUGUUUGACCAUUCUAAUGCCCAAACACCAGUCUAUCAUGGUUAAUUAUCCUUUGGUUAUUAGUGGUUAUAUUAAUGUUUAUGGUUGUUCGUGGUUAUUAGUUGCUCCAUGGCUGUUAUUGACCAAUUAUUGCCAUUGUUUUUUAUUGGCUACUCCAUGGCUGUUAAUGACUGACUGUACCAUGGUUGUUAUAGGCUAUUCCAUGACUACAACUGUGUAUUGA